GUGCGUCUUGGUGUCGCGGGGAGAGCGCGCUCGGGUUCUCUCUCCAAGCCCCGGGGUUGUUUCUCUCGCACGCCGCCUACCCCCUACUCGCCUCCAGUGCCGAGGCAAAGCUAGGAGGGCGAGCCUGCUGAGCCGGCGACAGCUCCCUGCGAGCAAGAUCGGACUCUCCACGCCCCGCAAGCCGGCACACGGGAGCCUCGUCGAGCCCCGACAGCUGCCCUCUUCGGCGUGGCCCCCAUGGAGGAGGACGUUCUGGACAAACUCGAGGACAUGGCGUCGGUGCGGGACUUCGACCCUCUCACCGGCAGCAUCCCCGCCACCAAAGUGGAGGUCACCGUCUCCUGCAGAAAUCUUCUGGAUAAGGAUACUUUCUCCAAAUCUGACCCAUUGUGUGUGCUGUAUACUCAGGGCAUAGAGACCAAGCAGUGGAGAGAGUUUGGCAGGACGGAAGUCAUUGACAACACCUUGAACCCUGACUUCGUGCGCAAGUUCAUCCUCGAUUACUUUUUUGAAGAGAAGCAGAAUUUACGUUUUGAUCUCUAUGAUGUGGACUCCAAGAGCCCCGACCUGUCUAAACAUGAUUUCCUUGGCCAGACAUUCUGCACACUGGGUGAGAUUGUUGGGUCACCAGGAAGCCGCUUGGAGAAGCCGUUGAUGAUGGGAGCCUUUACAUUACAUUCCAAAACCGGGAAGCCUAUGCCAUCUGUCUCCAAUGGGGGGAUUCCAGGGAAGAAGUGUGGCACCAUUGUCCUGUCAGCUGAGGAACUGGGUAACUGCCGAGAUGUGGCCACAAUGCAGUUCUGUGCCAACAAGCUGGACAAGAAAGAUUUCUUUGGAAAAUCCGACCCAUUCAUGGUGUUCUACAGGAGUAACGAGGAUGGGACAUUUACCAUCUGCCACAAAACCGAAGUGGUGAAGAACACUUUGAACCCUGUAUGGCAGUCCUUUGCUAUCCCGGUGCGGGCCCUGUGCAACGGAGACUAUGACAGAACUAUAAAGGUGGAAGUAUAUGACUGGGACCGAGAUGGCAGCCACGACUUCAUUGGGGAGUUUACGACCAGCUACCGUGAAUUGGCAAGAGGACAAAGCCAAUUUAAUGUCUAUGAGGUAGUGAAUCCCAAAAAGAAAAUGAAGAAAAAGAAAUACAAUAACUCAGGGACAGUGACGUUGCUCUCGUUUGCUACAGAAUCAGAGCACACGUUUCUAGACUAUAUCAAAGGAGGGACGCAGAUCAAUUUCACGGUAGCCAUUGACUUCACAGCUUCCAAUGGGAAUCCCUCUCAGUCUACUUCCCUUCACUACAUGAAUCCAUACCAGCUCAAUGCCUAUGCAAUGGCACUGAAGGCUGUUGGCGAGAUAAUCCAGGACUAUGACAGUGACAAAAUGUUCCCAGCACUUGGGUUUGGAGCCAAAAUUCCUCCGGAUGGGCGUGUGUCUCAUGAGUUCCCCUUGAAUGGCAAUGUUGACAAUCCUCAUUGUAGUGGCAUAGAAGGUAUCCUUGAAGCCUAUCACCAGAGCCUCAAGACCGUCCAGCUCUAUGGUCCAACUAACUUUGCACCGGUGGUUAACCACGUGGCUAGGUACGCUGCAGCUGUGCAGGACGGUUCCCAGUAUUUUGUUUUGCUCAUCAUCACUGAUGGCGUGAUAUCGGACAUGGCCCAGACAAAAGAAGCUAUUGUCAACGCUGCCAAGCUUCCUAUGUCCAUAAUCAUUGUAGGAGUUGGACAGGCUGAAUUUGACGCCAUGGUGGAGCUGGAUGGAGAUGACAUUCGAAUCUCGUCCCGUGGAAAGAUUGCAGAACGUGACAUUGUCCAGUUUGUCCCAUUCCGAGAUUACAUUGACCGCACAGGAAACCACGUCCUGAGUAUGGCUCGGCUGGCUAAGGACGUUCUUGCUGAGAUCCCCGACCAGUUCAUCUCCUACAUGAAGGGACGCGGCAUCAAACCCAACCCAGCUCCACCUCCGUACACCCCCACAGGCCACACCCUUCAGACAGAAAUCUGAACGCCAGGAGAGGAAAGCAGCACUUGAGGACAGGUGCCUACAAAACACAAGUCACUCUCUUGGAUCAGCUCUCAACUUUCUGCUGGCAGACUGACAUCCAGGCAGUGGUCACACCACAAAACGAAAAUCUACAGUGUACUCUUUUCUGCACACACACACACACAAAAUCCUCUCUGAGAGCUGGUUUAUUACUGCCAUUCUGGCACACCAAUGUGCAUCGUUGGAAGGAUGGACCAGCCGUGAAACCUGGGGAAAGAAGGGUUUUCAUUUCAUUUCAUUUUGUUAAAGGACAAGCCCUGCAGUUGGCAAGUUUCCUCGUUUCCUAUUUGGGGAGAUCACCAUGGUGAGAGAAGUCCAGCCUGUCUUGGUAGGCCUCAUUAGGAGGCACAGAUCAUUCAUUCUUCUAUGGUUUGUGUGAUGAAGCAGCCCUUUUCUCCAUGCAUCUCCCCUUGCCCCGUCCCUUACAGCUGAAUGAUUUGGGGGUCUUCUUCUUUUUUAAGCCCAUGUAUAGCCCAGCUGCCACCUCAAGUCUUCUGACACUUCUUCCUCGCUUUGUAAUGGCUCAGCUUAUGGAUUGACCUGGCAGGCUGAAUAUUGUG